UUGUCUGUCUGUCUAAAUGCGUAGUUUGGCGCGUAGCACAUUUUAAAUUCUUUAAUGUAAUGUGAUUAUUUGUAAUAUUAUAUUUUUAAUUGAAGAAGAUCGAUAUAUAUACAUGUGCAUAUAUAUUUAAAAAUGCCAGAAAUUAAAAUCAAGCACAUAGUUUCAUUUAGCAGUGAAGAUAAGGUUCAUAAAGCUGAGAAUUUACUUAUACCAGAAACUUAUAAGAAAUGGAAAUGUGCAACACCCGGGGAAAAGAAUGCAAGUGUUGUUUUACAGUUUGAGAAAGCCACUAAGAUACAUUCACUUGAUAUAGGGAAUGAUGGCUCAGCAUUUGUUGAGGUUCUUGUGGGUCGAUCCUCAGAUCCCUUGAAUAAUUAUCAAGUUUUAUUAGUGGCUUCAUCUUUCAUGAGCCCAUUAGAAAGUCGAACUGGAACCCACACAAACAGAGUUCGGAUGUUUGGUCCUGAUAAACUGGCUCAGAACUUGAAAGAUGAAAAAUGGGAUUGUGUACAAGUUGUGUGCACACAGCCCUUUAAUAAGAAUGCAACAUAUGGUUUAACAUUCAUAAAAUUUCAUUCUCCUCCUGAAAAAUCUGAAGAGCAACCAAAAGAGCCUGAAACAAAAGCUGCUGUUGGAAAAAUGGGUGCUUUCAAAAUAAAAUAUGAAGAUGAAGAUAUUCCGUCAGUUGGUUCAUGGUUUGGGAAGCGACAGAGCUUUAGUAAAAUUUCAAGUCCUGUUUCAAGCCAGGAUUCACCAUCUUAUGCAGCAGCAGUUCUUGCUUCCUCUGAUGUGUCACCAAAACUGUCAGGCUCCCAGGAUAAUAUUCUGAAGAGAAAACAUAAUGAAAGUGAUAAAGAUUUAGCAGGACCAUCAACAAAAAAGCCACCACCCCUUUUUCAAAUCAAUAAGGAAAAAAGUGUUGAUAAAGAUAUUUUAAAAACUCCAGGCUCUGUUGCUAAGAAAACAUCGGUCAUUCAUGUGGAUAAAGAAAAAGUUGGACAUAAAGAUAUUUUUGGAAAGGAAAGCCCUAGCAACAGAAAAACAGCUACUGUAAAUAGCGGACUAAAUUCCAGUGGUAUCCAACCAGGUAUUCAGAAAAUGGAUAAAAAAAAGCCUUUUAACCAAAUUAUGAACAAAGUAGUUUUUGUUUUGAGUGGAUUUGUCAAUCCUUUAAGGAGCGAGCUGAGAGAUAAAGCUUUGGAAAUGGGAGCUAAAUAUAGAGGAGAUUGGAACAGUUCAUGCACACAUCUUGUAUGUGCAUUCCUAAAUACACCUAAAUAUGUCCAAGUCCAGAGUGCAGGUGGAAAAAUUGUAACCAAGAACUGGAUAUUAGAUUGCUACAAGAAAAAAACUCUCUUACCCUGGAAAAAGUAUAAACUUGGAGGUGAUGAGGAAGAAAGCUCUGAUGUUACAUCAGAAAGUGAAGAAGAACCAGCGGUUAUUGUUAGGAAGACCGCUAAACCUGAAAUUUCAAAACAAAAUGGUAUUAAAGACAAAGAAAAAGUAACAGAGGAGGAUAUAAAUGAAGAAAAAUCUAGUAAUUUGAAUCUCUCAAAUUUAAGUUUGAAAAAUAACACAGGAAGUAAUAUCGAUUCUCCUAUUGUUAUAAAAGAUGAAAGUGAAACAGAGGAUGAGGAUGCUAUUCAAGACUAUAUGGCUGACACAGAUGUUGAAACAAAUUCUGGUGGUGAUACAGAAGAUGAAAUUCGCAAGGUGGAAGCAAAAGCUGUGAAAAAAGAUAAACUUUCCCACAUCAAGGUGGAUAGUAAUGAGACUGAUGAUGUAGAUUCAUCUAUUCUGUAUUCUAAACCUGAUACUAAAGAUUUACCUCUGCCUGAAUUACCAAAUUUAUUCAAAAGCAGACAUUUCUACCUAUUUGGAGAUUUUAAAUUUCAAAUGGAACAUGAUUUGAAGAGAUACAUAACUGCUUAUAAUGGUGAAAAUGAUUCCUUUCAACCAAGGACAACAUGGAUCGGUGAGGAUUUGGAAACGAAAGGUCCAGGGUAUGAAACCUAUCAAAGGCCCUUAAUGAGAAUGAAGAUCUCAUAUUUGUAAAACCACAAUGGAUUUUCAAGUGUCAUGAACAGGGAAAGCUUGUACCUUAUCAGCCUUAUAUUGUCAUUCCGGAUACAUAGAGGAAAAUAUUGGUAGAGUAAUUAAUUUAGUACAUUUUCUGUUUAUUACAUUGUAAAUACAUUGUAUUAUAAAAAGUACUUGUACAUUUUAUAUUGAUGAAUCUUUAUUAAACAUUUUGCAGCAAAAA